AGGCUGCUCUGCGGCGCGCGAGGGGCGGGGCGGGGCCGGGCCGGGCCUGACUGGCGCCGUCAGCGCCGCGAGGCGGAAGCGCGCGCCGCAGCCUCCCCCUGAGGGCUGAGCGCUGGGCCGGGGCCUUGCGGCGGGGCUGAGGGCUGCGGUCUGGGGUGUGCGUAGCUUCCAGGCACCUGUCUCUCCUUGGCUCUUUCCGAUUGAGCGUACCUUGUGUUUUCGUACGGCCCACGGGUGUUUUUGUGCUGUAGGCGCCGCCUGGCAUUUGUAACAGUGCUUGUGUGGGUGCCGUACGCAGGUUGACGCAUUCAGGCCUAUACGACUGAGCUGCAGAGCUGGUGCGCUGCUCUCCUAAGCCCAUGUGCCUCUGGCUGGCUGCCCGUUCCCCCAUCCUUCUCUCAGAUUUCUGAAGAACUAGGGGAAAAGGAAUGGCCACAGUUGCUCACUUUGGUUUAUGCUUGACCAAAGCGUGAACAGAAGUUCCAAUUCACGGAUCAGUUCCAGCCUUGCUGAGGUCGGAGUUCAUGAGAUCAGUGAUCAGUUCAUACUUCUGUCCUCUGGCAUGUGAUAGCAAGGAAACAGUUUUUUAACGUUUUGGAGGACAUGUUAGAGAGUCUGAGGGCUGCUGGCCACAGAGGGUUCAGUUUUCAGUUUUUAACACCUACAUGUCAUCGUGAAGUCAGCUACAAGGCAUAUUGCAUUUAAGGGGCUUGAGCAUGCCUGAGAGGAAUGCUGAGGGGACAAGGACCUUACUGAUGGGACAGAAACAUUCCUGCAAUGAAGCAUCCUGCACAAAACGAGAGGAUUAUUUGGAAUGGCCUGAAUAUUUCAUGGCAGUAGCUUUUUUGUCAGCACAAAGAAGCAAGGAUCCAAGCUCUCAGGUUGGUGCUUGCAUUGUAAACUCAGAAAACAAGAUUGUUGGAAUUGGAUAUAAUGGGAUGCCUAAUGGCUGCAGCGAUGAUGUACUACCCUGGACAAGAACAGCAGCACAUAGACUAGACACAAAAUAUCCUUAUGUGUGCCAUGCUGAAUUGAAUGCCAUCAUGAACAAAAACUCCGCUGAUGUGAAAGGCUGCAGCAUGUAUGUUGCCUUAUUUCCCUGUAAUGAAUGUGCAAAGCUCAUCAUCCAGGCAGGCAUAAAGGAAGUUAUUUUUAUGUCUGACAAGUAUCAUGACACUAUGGAGAUGACAGCUGCACGGCGGAUGUUUGAUUUAGCAGGUGUUAUAUACAGGGAAUUCAAGCCAAAGUGUAACAAGAUCAUCAUCGACUUUGAUUCAAUUAACAGCAGACCAAGUGAAAAGCUUCUGUGAAUUAAGUCUCAUUAAGUCUCUAGAAGAGUGUGAUUAUCCUUUUCUAAAAAGCUGCUAAUGCCUUUCAUCUUGAAGUUACUUGCAACUUUUUACUGGCUUCUGUAGCUAAAGUAGACUUCUAAGAAAUCCAAGGCAUAAAGUGUCCCACUCACUUCAUCUUGUCAUGUGGCAACUAAAUCUACUUUCUUUUUUAAAGUGCCUUUAUCAUAACUGCUUUGAAAGUCUAGAGACAUGUAGAUGAGACAAUGUAAUAUAUGUGAGGAAAACUGUUCUGAUUCUUGCUGUAUUCGUCACCACGUGCUCUGAUAGGCUGUUAGCAUUGGUUUAGACUCAGUUUAACGGCAAUAGUGUAACCAGUAGUGCAUUGGAGUACACUACAGUGAUUUGUCUGUUGGACAUGCGGAUCUAAAUAGUUGAUCCUAAUGAAGGACAAAAAAUGCUAUUCAUGCAAAUACUAAUCCUCCAACUAGCAUAACACUAAUACUGCAAAGGUUAUACAGUUUUGAGGAGGUGUGAUAUUCUGCUUAUAUAUUCCAACAAAUUCAAUAACUGAUUUUUCUUUUAAUUGCUCUCUAGCACUGUCAUACAUGGAGAGGAGCGAGAGAGAAAGUGGCUCUGAGAAUGAUCCAUGCUAGAUGUUGCCUUAGAGGUGCUUUCAAAUAUUUGUUUUCCCCGAGACUCCAGAACUGGAAGAGGUUGAGAGUGUAAGUUACGUGCCUCUUUACCAUUUUGGGAUUUUCACUUGAAGUUAUUUUUCAUGUGUAGAAAAAAAAUAUUUUAUUGGUCCAAAUUGUUUCUGGAUAAUCCAACAUAGCUCAGUCUUACAGUCAACUAGUAAGGUAACUGAAUAAUUUUUUUGUCCUUUGAGAGAAAUUGAGAGGUAGUCAACUCAUCCCCAUAUCUGUGCCAAAAGAGGUAAUUAUGGUGUUAGCUUGUUUUCCAGUGCUGGCAUUGUACCUUCCUUUUCAGAAAUGUUGGCUAAAAUAAUAUCCUUUUUAAUUUUGUCUGGAGAUCUGGGAAUAGGUUUGAGUUCCUUUUCCCUAAUUUGAUUUUUUAAAAUUAAAUAUGCCUAAUGGCUUUGUUUAGAUAACAUUGGUGGUAGUUUGUUGGUUUUUUUUCUUUAAAUGUGGUUAGACUUCAGUGAGCUUUUAUUUUCUCUAUAAAAGCUUUGUUUCAUAUUUUGGGACAUUAUGUAAUUUGGCUUCAUACCAGUCUUUAUUAAAGUCUUAUUAAAAUCCA